UACAGAACAUUCACAUAGCCUCUCUGAAGCUUUCACACACUUUUGUACUUGCUCUUACUUCUGUGAAUUUCAGGGAUUUGAGAAUGCUCUCCCUAGUUUUUGGAAUAGAUAUCACUGAUGCAUCUGUAGCUGCCAUUUCCUCAAGUUACACAAACUUGGAACUGCUUGAUCUGAGUGGAUCCAGCAUUACUGAUACUGGUCUUGGGAUGAUCUGCGAUGUCUUACCUGAUACACUCUCAAAAUUACUUGUUGCUCUUUGUCCCAACAUUACAUCAAGUGGCAUUCAGUUUGCUACUGCUCAACUUCCUCUUCUUGAUCUGAUGGAUUGUGGCAUGACUGUGUCUGAUCCCAGUUCAGAUAAUCCGACCUCUUCAGAGAAGAGUUCGACUUCGCAAAAAGCACCAGGCUACAAUCAGAAGAUGUUUAUUAAACAUAAACAGUUGAAGAAACUCAGUUUGUGGGGAUGUUCCAGUUUGAACGCUUUGUUCCUAAACUGCCCAGAGCUCAAGGACUUGAAUUUGAACUCGUGCAGCAAUUUGCAAGCUGAGAGUUUGGUGCUCCAGUGUCCAAAGUUGGAACUUGUGCACGCAUCAGGAUGUCAAAACCUACUAAUAGGAGCUAUCCGAAAACAGGUUUCUGAGAACUUUGCUGCUGGUGAAAACCACAUUCCACGGAAACGCUUGGCUGAUGCGUCGAAAAGGAUUCAGGCUCCACCUUCCGUAUACCAAGAGACAAGAGAAGAUGAGAAUAAUCCAGGGAAGAAGAGAAGGAAGGUUGAGAGAGAAGUGUGUACCAUUAUACAUUAAUAACGAACUCUCUAUCAAUAAUACUCAUCUUGGACUCGUUCUUCUUCCAACUCUAUUUUAUUGUACAUCUGAUCAUGUUGGAUUACGUCUGUUGUGGUUUAUUACUUAUGAACUUAUACAUGUUUAAUCUUUGUUUUCUAAUUAGCUUGAAUAGUUACAUGUUUAAUUAACUUUCCUUGUCUGAAAAUUUCAAUCCUAUUGAUAGGUUUAUUGUUC